UUGGAAGAAGCCUUUAGUCAGUUUGGUCCUAUUGAAAGGGCUGUUGUAAUUGUGGAUGAUCGUGGAAGAUCUACAGGGAAAGGCAUUGUUGAAUUUGCUUCUAAACCAGCAGCAAGAAAAGCAUUUGAAAGAUGCAGUGAAGGUGUUUUCUUACUAACAACAACUCCUCGUCCAGUCAUUGUGGAACCCCUUGAACAGUUAGAUGAUGAAGAUGGUCUUCCUGAAAAACUUGCACAGAAGAAUCCAAUGUAUCAAAAGGAGAGAGAAACCCCUCCUCGUUUUGCCCAGCAUGGCACAUUUGAGUAUGAGUAUUCUCAGAGGUGGAAGUCCCUGGAUGAAAUGGAAAAACAGCAGCGGGAACAAGUUGAAAAAAACAUGAAAGAUGCAAAGGACAAAUUGGAAAGUGAAAUGGAAGAUGCCUAUCAUGAGCAUCAGGCAAAUCUUUUGCGUCAAGAUCUGAUGAGACGCCAGGAAGAAUUAAGACGCAUGGAAGAACUUCACAAUCAAGAAAUGCAGAAACGUAAAGAGAUGCAAUUGAGGCAAGAGGAGGAACGACGUAGGAGGGAAGAAGAGAUGAUGAUUCGUCAACGUGAGAUGGAAGAACAAAUGAGACGCCAAAGAGAGGAAAGUUAUAGCCGGAUGGGCUACAUGGAUCCGAGAGAAAGAGACAUGAGAAUGGGCGGUGGAGGAGCAAUGAACAUGGGAGAUCCCUAUGGUUCAGGAGGCCAGAAAUUUCCACCUCUAGGUGGUGGUGGUGGCAUAGGUUAUGAAGCUAAUCCUGGAGUUCCACCGGCAACAAUGAGUGGUUCCAUGAUGGGAAGCGACAUGCGUACUGAGCGCUUUGGGCAGGGAGGUGCGGGACCUGUGGGUGGACAGGGUCCUAGAGGAAUGGGGCCUGGAACUCCGGCAGGAUAUGGUAGAGGGAGAGAAGAGUAUGAAGGCCCAAACAAGAAACCCCGAUUUUAGAUGUGAUAUCUAGGCUUUCAUUCCAGUUUGUUUUUGUCUUUUCUUGUUUAGAUAGCAAUCUUUUAAAUUCUUGCAUUUUAGUAAGAAAGCUACCUUUUUAUGGAUGUUAGCAGUUUAUUGACCUAAUAUUUGUAAAUGGUCUGUUUGGGCAGGUAAAAUUAUGUAAUGCAGUGUUUGAAACAGGGGAAUUUUUUUUUCCUUUUUUUCCUUUUUUUUUUUUUAACUGUAUAAUGUCCCUCAAUUUAUGGCAGUGUACCUUGUGCCACUGAUUUCCAAAGUGUACCAAUUUUUUUUUUUUACUGUGCUUCAAAUAAAUAGAAAAAAUAGUUAAGAUUUUGAUCUUCAACUUUGCCAUUCAUGCUUCUAUGCACAUUAGGCUAGGUGUUCCACUUGGAAAGCAUAAGAGUGUCUAGGCCUUUGAGUGGCAUAUGCCAUUUCUGGGAAAUGUAUUUGUAGGCUAAGUAUUGCUUUCUACAUUUAAGUACCCCCUUGUUUUAAAAAGAAGAAAUGCAUAUUGAAUAGUUUCAUGAUUUGAUUUGUUUGGCAUUAUAGGAAGCAAGCCGGUGCUAGUAUUUUCAAAUGGCUAUGUAAGCAAAGCUGAACUGUAAAUCUUCAUUCAGGAAUGUGUAUUAAGAUUAUGGAAUGGGUGUAAGACUAUUGGUAGGGGGAGAAAGUGGGUAUGACUUAAAUGGAUCUUUUACGGCCCUAUGAUCUAUCCUUUCCUUGAAAGUUUCUGAAGAACAAGUGGAAAGAUCAUUUUGUUGCAUUCCUCCAUUCUUGUUUUUUAAAGAACGAGUCCCAAGCCCUACGAACGGCUUGUAUUGAACAUUCACAUCUGAAUUAAAGAUUGUUAAACAUGAA